CACACUUUUGGGGCUAAAACCUUCCCGUUGAGGUCUCAGAAGAACAUUUGACUUGGAGAUUUUCACUCGGCUCUUGAGAUUUUCACUCGGCUCGUUCGCUGAACAAAACCUAGCAUAAUUCAACCAGCGCCACGUUACGUUUGAAUUUUUAAUUGUAAACGCUCCGAAGAACAUUACGAAUAUGUCGGGUUUUACUAGAGCCAAAAAGGGCGAAAUGGUCAAAACCCCAACGCCGCUUCAGCAUCCUCCAGUCACCGGCAGCGGUCUGGCGGCAGGCGGUGACACCGCUGCUGGGCGGGACAAGAAUUCCAACUUCAGCCUACUUCCCACUCGACGUGGAGGAGACAGCACUGCGAACUGGACGCCGUCCGGAACUUCAGGCGCACAGAGUCCAUACAUUUUGCUGACUGACCAGCCUCAGGUCAAUCACAAAAACAUGUCUGGAAAGAUAUCAAAAGAGGAACUGGAGGAAAUGCAAGAGACUUUUAAGAAGAUUGAUGUGGACAACGACGGCCAUAUCUGUUACGAUGAACUUAACGAACUUCUUAAAGAGUCCGGCCAUCCGCUGCCAGGCUAUAAGGUUCGAGAAAUCAUCAAACAACUGGAUCAGGACAAUGACAACAAGAUCAGUUUCAACGAGUUUAUUGCGAUUGUGAAUAAGCUGAAGGGCUCUGAAGUAGCAAAAACCUUCCGUAAAGUCAUCAACCGAAAAGAAGGCAUCCUGGCCAUCGGUGGCACGUCGGAGCUGUCAAGUGAAGGAACACAGCACUCCUUCUCGGAGGAAGAGCGAUUCGCUUUUGCGAAUUGGAUCAACACUGCUCUGGAAAGAGACCCGGACUGCCAACAUGUCUUGCCUAUGGAUCCCAGCACCGACUCUCUGUUCACAUCUAUGGCUGACGGUAUUGUACUCUGCAAAAUGAUCAACCAAUCAGUGCCGGACACCAUUGACGAGAGGACCAUCAACAAGAAGAAGCUCACACCCUUUACAAUUCAGGAGAACCUUAACUUGGCGCUGAACUCUGCCUCGGCCAUCGGCUGCCACGUGGUUAACAUCGGUGCUUUGGACUUGAAAGCCGGGAAGCCCCAUUUGGUGCUGGGUCUGCUUUGGCAGAUCAUCAAGAUCGGUUUGUUUGCAGACAUCGAGCUAAGCAGAAAUGAAGCUUUGGCAGCCUUGCUGAGAGAAGGCGAGACCCUGGAGGACUUAAUGAAGUUGUCUCCGGAAGAGCUGCUGCUACGCUGGGCCAACUUCCAUUUGGAGAACGCCGGAUGGCAGAAGAUCAACAACUUCAGCUCUGACAUUAAGGACUCGCGGGCCUACUUCCAUCUCCUCAACCAGAUUGCUCCAAAGGGUACAGAGGAAGACGCGCCGGCCAUCAACAUCAACAUGUCGGGCUUCAGUGAGAGAGACGACAUGAAGAGAGCGGAAGCGAUGCUGCAGCAGGCCGACCGGCUCGGCUGCCGACAGUUCGUCACCCCGACGGACGUCGUUUCCGGCCACCCCAAACUCAAUAUGGCCUUCGUGGCUAAUUUGUUUAACAAAUACCCCGCUCUGAAAAAACCCGAGAACCAGGAUCUGGACUGGCACCUGCUGGAAGGUGAAACCCGAGAGGAGCGGACGUUCCGAAACUGGAUGAACUCACUGGGCGUCAACCCAAGCGUCAAUCAUCUCUACCUAGACCUGCAAGACGCCAUCGUCAUCCUGCAGCUCUACGAGAAGAUUAAAGUACGUGUCGAUUGGGAGAGCAAAGUCAACAGGCCGCCGUACCCCAAGCUUGGAACUAAUAUGAAGAAGUUGGAGAACUGUAACUACGCCGUGGACCUUGGCAAAACCACCGCCAAGUUUUCUCUGGUCGGCAUCGGCGGGCAGGAUUUGAAUGACGGGAAUUCUACGCUCACCCUGGCGCUGGUGUGGCAGCUCAUGAGAAGGUACACGCUGAACGUACUGGAGGAUUUGGGCGACGGUGAGAAGGUCAAUGAUGACAUCAUUGUCAAAUGGGUCAACAAAACAUUAGCAGAAGCUGGAAAAGCAACCAAGAUUUCAAGUUUUAAGGACAAGGAGAUCAGCAGCAGUUUAGCAGUGCUACAACUGAUCGACGCCAUCCAGCCCGGCAGCGUCAACUUUGAGCUGGUUAAAACUGGAAGCCUUUCCGAAGUCGACAAGCUGGAGAAUGCCAAAUACGCCAUUUCCAUGGCGAGGAAAAUUGGCGCGCGCGUCUACGCCCUCCCCGAGGACCUGGUGGAAGUCAAACCCAAAAUGGUGAUGACCGUCUUCGCGUGCCUGAUGGGUCGAGGGAUGAAGCGAGUCUAAAGAAUUGGCUGUAACACUUGCUGACAUCACUUUUUGGAGUUCUCCCCCCCUUUUUUGUAUUGUUUUCUUUAAGAAAAAUCAUCAAAUUGCAAGUAUCGCCGCGUCUUUGAAAGACCCGGAGAUGCUCAACAAAGAAUGACGCGCUGUUAUUUAAAAUGCCACUGGUAAAUUUCAAAUGGACCUAAUGUUAUCGAUGAAUUGCAGUGCUAUUGAUAUGUGUAAGAAUCGUUGUUUUCUAUGAAUGGUUUACUUGUAUUUUACUUGUGCUGACAUCCACACAUUCCUCAGUGAUUUGCUUAAGAAGGAGAGAGAGAGAGAGACGCCCCCGCAACAUUCACACGUGCCUCCUUAGAAUACAGAAGCCAACUACAGUGAUGUCCGAAAAGUAUAUGCUGUUUUUUCUUUUCUAUCUAUGUGAGCUCAUUUGCUGGUCAGAGCUGGCCUUCUGUUAUUUUGUCCAAUAAGGAGCAAGUGAAACUUUGGCCUUCUUAUGCAUUUAAGAAAUAUCAACUGCAACUUCUACUACGACAAGGGCCAAAUUGUUAUGUCUAAUCCAAAGUGCUUUGUGUGGAGCAAUAAAUAUGAAUUUGAAUACUGACA